AUGAAGAUCUCGGAUAAUAGUUGGAAAACUGUUGUAAAUUGCGCACAGAAGUGGAUAAAUCUAGACGGAGAAAGACAAGAGUUGGCCGAACUGUAUAAAGAUGUUUUUCAAGGUAGUAAAGAUGAUGCAGCAAAGAUGUAUUGCUUUCAUACCAAGUGUUACAGCAAAUUUACAUACAAAGGUCAUAUUGAACGAGCUGUAAAACGUAAGAGAAAGUUAGAAGAAUCUGCACAGCCUGUAGGUAAAUCAGCGCCGUGUACUCCAUCACCUAAGAAACGUUUGCGUUCUCAUUGUCCUACUGCUCUAUUAAAAUCUGGUGGUUCGAGAGUUCUCCCUAAAGUGUGCAUCGUAUGUAAGAAGAAAGCAGGCUGUCUAAAGGAUAUUAUUGUGCUUCAGUCGAAAGGUCGCAAGCAUACACUGAAAUCCUUGUCACUCGGUUUAACGUUGCGUCACAUAACUGGUUCAAAAAAAGUUAUCGACCUUCUGAAUGGAUUUGGACACAGUUCGUCACAUAAGACUAUUGUGCGGUAUGACACAUCUUUAGCCCAAAUGCAAUUGAAUAAAGGGCCAGUUUUUGUUCCUGACUCUUUUUCUGAGAAAUUGAAUACCGUGCUGGUUUGGGACAAUAUUGAUUUUAGUGAGGAAACUACUUCAGGUCAUGGAACCACUCACCACACAAAUGGAAUAGCUAUCCAGUGUAGCUCUGACAUGGUUACAGAAGCUUUGGAGAGGCAGACUCUACCACGAAUUCCACGACCAUUUUCAAAAGCAGCCACACACAUAGUACCAUAUCAACCAAAAAGGAGAGAAGGUACACCGCCUUUUGAUAUUAGAAAAGAUGUUUUUGAGAAAAGUUUUUAUAUUUCAUAUCAUUACAUACAACAUCUUAAGGAUCUGGCAUUUGUGAUAAUGAGGUACACUGGGGAUACAGACUCUAACCUUCCUGGGUGGACUGGUUUCAACACUAAGUGCUUUCCAACAGAAUCCUUGGUUAAAACAAACAUUGCCUACCUUCCUAUGAUUGAAGCUUCCCCAAAGGAAAUGAACACUGUGGACACUAUAUUAUGUCGAAGUUCGGAAAUGGCUGAUAAAUGA